CCACAAUGAGUAGAAUUUGGAUUUGGGUUUGGUCCUCUCUCGUUUUCUGCUAUGCAACUGCUUUACAGUUCCCCAUUUCCCCGCUUUCAUCACCAUUCGCAGUUAUUUGGUUUACAAAUAAAGAAAUCAAGAGAAACCCAUCAAAUUCCAUUUUCCCCACUUCCUUUCUGCUGCUUCUUUCAUGGAUUUCUUGUUCAUCUGGUCAUAAAGAUUUGCAGAUUCUGUGUCUUUUUGAGACCGAUAAAAGGUUUCUCUGAAGUUCCUGUCUUUCUCAGCUGUCUUAUUUACCGUCAUCUUCACCUGAAUCUAACUUUUGAGCUGUGGAGCAAAUCGCUUUGGAAAUCUUCACAUGUUUUAUCUGAGUUCCAUCAUUAUUAUUAUAGAUCAUAGAAGACCUUCAUAGAUUUGCUUGUUCUUUCUUUUGAAAAAUAAACACAAGGCUAGAUGACAGUGGAUGAAAAGAGUAAGAGCUCGAUUUGGAGUCGAGAACAAGACAAAGCAUUUGAGAAUGCUCUAGCUACUUAUCCAGAGGAUGCUUCAGAUCGUUGGGAGAAAAUUGUGGCUGCCAUACCUGGAAAAACUCUGAAAGAGAUUAAAGAUCAUUACGAGCUGUUGGUUGAUGAUGUUAAUCAAAUUGAAUCUGGAUUCGUUCCUUUGCCCUCCUAUAGUUUUUCUUCUUAUGGGUCUACAAGUCAUGCUAGUGAAGAGGGAACUGGAAAGAAGGGAGACUACCAUGGGAUUGACAAUAGUGAAUCUCAUAACGGAAGUAAAGCUUCAAGAUCAGACCAAGAGCGUAGAAAGGGAACCGCAUGGACAGAGGAUGAGCACAGGCUAUUUCUUCUUGGUUUGGACAAAUAUGGAAAAGGAGAUUGGCGAAGUAUCUCCCGAAACUUUGUGGUGACGAGGACACCCACUCAAGUGGCAAGCCAUGCACAAAAGUACUUCAUUCGUCUGAACUCAAUGAACAAAGAUAGAAGGCGGUCGAGCAUCCAUGAUAUCACCAGUGUUGAUAAUGGAGAUUUAUCCGCACCUCAAGGUCCAAUUACUGGUGAAGCAAAUAGUUGUGGAGGAGGAUCUACCAACAAAUCAACCAAACAGCCUUCUCGACCACCUACUGGAUCAUCAGGUGUCGGGAUAUACAGUGCUCCAACCGUAGGGCAGCCAGUAGGAUGGCCCUUUGUUUCGGCCAUUGGCACUCCAGUUAAUACUCCUCCACCAGCACAUGUGGCAUAUGCGGUGAGCUCACUGGUUACUAAACCACCAGUAAAUAUGAGCCCCAUAACAUAUUAAAUCUCUCAAGCAUCUGGUGAAAGUUCUAGGCAUUGGAAGAGAUGGUUCAAACCAGAGUGGUGAAACAGAUGCAAAAGCAUCUCCAGCCACCCCUGUUUUAUCUACUUCAUUGCCAUAGAAUCAGACCGCGAGCAGUUCAAUUCCGCUUCUUUCGAGUGGCGACACUCGCAGAAGUUCAUUUCAUGACCCUCAAUUUCAACAAUGUAGCAAUAUCAUUGCUCACAGAUUACCUAAUGGAGUUGAUACAGACAAAAGAUGACAUUCUAGGGGUGCUUGUUCUUCGUAGUAGUCUACUGACAAAGCUUUCUUUGAUAUUCUUGUUUAUGGAAAAAUUUGCAAAGGAUAGGUUGUACUUGUAGAUAUAUCCAUUUCAAUUACCAAAUUUCAGUCUCAAUUGUAAUCAAUACCGUAACUUCAUUCUAUGGUGAAAAUUAAUUAGUUAUCAAACGAGGAUUAAAUA